GAGUGAGCGCGCAGGGGUCUCACCAAAACUCUACAACUCGCAGACUGCGCAGCAUAAACUACUCGGUCCGAAUAAUCUAAACGCAGACUGGUUCCCAACGCUUGCUACACCAAAUACUAAGGAUUUUCGUUUAUUAAACCCACGUUUUGAGAUUUCAUUUGGCCGGUGACGCCCGGAUAUGGAGCUGAGUAGGUCUGUAUAAUAGGCGCGGACAAAGCGGAUCAGCUCAAGCCGAGAUGAGUGCCACGACGAGCGGCUCUGGGUCAGCGCCCUGCCGCUUCGCACAUUACUUUAUUAUAUGCGGAAUAGACAACGAAACUGGUCUGGAACCCGAUGCUUUAGCAGCUUUGUACCAAUGGCUAGAGGCCGAUCGGCAGGGCAAGGACCCAGCGGCCGUGGCAGCAGGGGAAAACUUUGAUCAGAGCCCUUUGAAAAGGACGUUUAAAUCCAAAGUGUUGGCACACUACCCAGAGAACAUCGAGUGCAACCCAUUCGACCAAGAUGCUGUUAACAUGCUCUGCAUGCCAAAAGGCCUGUCCUUCCGAACGCAACGUGACAGUCGCGCCCCACAGUACCACUCUUUCAUCAUCACCAGAGAAGAUGGUUCUCGCACUUACGGUUUCGUCCACACCUUCUACGAGGAGGUCACCAGCCCUCAGAUCUGUUCUGCCAUGCAGGCGCUACACCAAAUGCACCAAGCAGAGCACAACACAUCUGCCCAUAACUGCCCUUCCUCAUCUUCUUCAUCAUCAUCUUCAUCAUCUAGUAUGGACUCUCUAGCCAGCAGCCUGGAGGACGUCGAGUCUCCUUCCUCCUCACAUGGAAACCGCAGAAGUUGCGGAUGCUCCAGAGAAGGUUAUGACUCCCUCCGCGACACUCUGUAUGUGUCAAAAGCCGCUUGUCUGAUCACGCCUAUGCCAUUUAUGCACGCGUGUAAACGCUUCCUGUCGCAGCUCCACCAUGCCGUCACCUCCAAUCAACCACCUCCGCUCCCUUUGGAGAGCUACAUUUACAACAUACUCUUUGAAGUACCCUUGCCUCCACCCGGACGAUCUUUAAAGUUCCACGGUGUGUAUGAACCCAUCCUGUGCCAGAGGCCCGGUGUCGGAGAGCUGCCGUUGGCUGAUUUCCCGCUGGGCGAGGCCUUCCGGUUGUUGGGGGUGGAAAAUCUGGUGCAGCUUUUCACCUGCGUCCUUCUGGAGAUGCAGAUCCUUCUGUAUUCACAGGACUACCAGAGGCUCAUGGUGGUCGCGGAGGGAAUCACAACGUUACUGUUUCCCUUCCAAUGGCAGCAUGUGUACGUGCCCAUCCUUCCCGCUUCUCUGCUGCACUUCCUGGACGCCCCUGUGCCCUACCUCAUGGGCCUGCAGUCCAAAGAGGGCACGGACCGCUCCAAACUGGAGCUGCCUCAAGAGGCAAACCUUUGCUUCGUCGAUAUUGAUAACCACUGCAUCGAGCUGCCCGAAGAUUUCCCGCAGUUCCCCAACAAGACCGAGUUCAUACAGGAGCUGAGUGAGGUGUUGCUUAGUUUCGGACUGUCUCCAGAUGGAGGCAACACCUCUCCUGCUCCUCCUGCUACCACACAGACCUCCACACUAGAAACGGAGCUGAAGAGCACGUCCCUGAGCGAGCUCGAUGAUGACAGGAGGAACGGAAACCUCGGAGGUGAAGCUCUGGAUGUCUUGGAGCUUCUUCAAGGCAACCCAACGCUGGAGCGUCUGCAAGCUCUGGCCAAGAGGACUGGGGUGAAAGUGGCCCGUUUGGAAGCGUUGGUUGCGGGGCAGAAGGCCAUAGGAGAGGAGGGUGUGGGAGGGAGAUCUCCCGCAGAGGAAGAGGAGCUGCGGAAUGCAAAAUUGAACGUGCAGCUGAGGGAGGUGUUUGCCGCACGCUUUGCAACAAUGUUUGCGGACUAUGAGUCGUUUGUGAUCCAGAACUCUCCAGAUCUAGAGUCCUGGCUGACCAACAGAGAGCAGAUGCAUAACUUUGACAAGGCCUCCUUCCUGUCAGACCAGCCUGAACCGUACUUGCCCUUUCUGUCCCAUUUCAUCGAAACGCAAAUGUUUGCCACCUUCAUCGACAAUAAGAUCAUCUCUCAGUGGGAAGAGAAAGAGACCCUUCUACGAGUGUUUGACGGACGCAUUGAGAAGGCCCGUCUUUACAAUGUUCGGGCCCCGAGCCUGCGAUCCUCUAUCUACCAGAAAUGCACUUUCCUCAAAGAGUCUGCCCAGGCUAUAGAGCAACGACUAAAGAAGAUCGACCACACUGCUAUCCACCCUCACCUGCUUAAUAUGAAGAUCGGACAAGGAAAAUACCAACAGGGCUUUUUCCCCAAACUGCAGGCGGAUGUGCUCGCAUCAGGGCCCACCAGCAACAACAGGUGGUCCAGUCGCACAUGCUCAACUCAGCGCAGAGUGGACCGACACAGACCACAGAAUGAACAUUUUGUCCUAGACAAUGACCUCAAAGAGAAGUACAUGCAGGAGGCCCGUAACCUGGGGAAGAACCUGAGACAACCCAAACUAUCCGACCUCUCCCCUGCGGUCAUCGCUCAGACCAACUGGAAGUUUGUGGAGGGCUUACUGAAAGAAUGCAAGAUGAAGACCAAGCGCAUGCUGGUGGAGAAGAUGGGGAGAGAGGCUGUUGAACUGGGUCAUGGAGAAGCAAACAUCACAGGCCUGGAGGAAAACACGCUCAUAGCCAGUCUAUGUGACCUACUGGAGAGAAUAUGGAGUCAUGGUCUGCAGGUCAAACAGGGGAAGUCUGCAUUGUGGUCUCAUUUAUUGCACUACCAGGCGAGAGAAGAGAAGAACGAACUUCAGACGGAGUCUCCAGUGCCUAAUGUGCAGGAAAAACGCAAGCCGGAGUCCAGCAUCGGCCUUCCUGCGUUACGCGUAUCAGUCAUACAGGAUAUGAGACACAUUCAGAGCAUGGGGGAAAUUAAAACCGAUGUAGGUCGAGCACGUGCAUGGAUCCGUCUGUCUCUGGAGAAGAAACUACUUUCCCAGCAUCUGAAACAGCUGCUGUCUAACCAGACUUUAACCAAGAAGCUGUAUAAACGUUACGCCUUCUUGCGUUGCGAAGAGGAGAAAGAGCAGUUUCUGUUUCAUCUCUUGAGCCUGAACGCUGUGGACUACUUCUGUUUUACCUGCGUCUUCACCACUAUAAUGAUUCCAUACCGGGCUGUCAUCAUUCCCAUCAAGAAGCUUAGCAACGCCAUGACAACGUCGAACCCCUGGCUGUGCGUAUCUGGCGAGCUGGGUGACUCCGGCGUCCGGCAAAUCACGAAGAACGUUCUGGAAAUGACGUUUGAUUCUGCCUUUAGGCCUCACACGCACUUCUCCAUCGCCUUCAAGUGUCAGAAUCUCGGAAAGCUGACAACAGUGCAGCUGGGUCACGAUAACUCGGGCUUGCUCGCCAAGUGGUUGGUGGAUUGUGUCAUGGUUCGCAACGAGAUUAGCGGACACACAUACAAGUUCCCUUGCGGUAGGUGGCUGGGCAAGGGAGUUGAUGAUGGCAGUCUCGAGCGGGUUCUGAUUGGUGAAUUGGUUGUCCCAUGCAACGAUGACGAUGGGGGACGAACUCCGCCCCUUCAGCGCUCGCCGUCACAGAUUCGACGAAUCAGCAUCACGUCUCUUACUGCCCGUGGCAACAAACCAACAACAGUUCAAAUACAGGAAUCUAUUGGUGAAGCAGUAAACAACAUUAUAAAGCAUUUCCACAAACCAGAGAAAGAGAGGGGCAGUUUGACGGUCCUUAUGUGUGGAGAAGGUGGUCUUGUUUGGGCGCUGGAGCAAUUCUUUUAUCAUGGAUUCCGUACGGCUCGACUCUUUCAGAAAAACGUCUUCCUGUGGGACUUCUAUGAAAGGGCAGUGGCGUUCAUGGUGAAUGCAGAUUAUAUUGGAGACAUACAGGAGACACCCGAGCCUCUUAGUCUGACCUGUGAAUCUUUGUGUCGCUACGUCAAUGCCAUUAACAACAUGCCACGCAGCAUCGGCAAGGAUGGAAAGUUCCAGCUGCUAGUUUGCCUUGGAGCAAGAGACCGAUUGCUGCCGCAGUGGCUCCCUCUACUGGCUGAAUGCCCCGUCAUCACACGCAUGUAUGAAGAGAACGCAUUACUGAGAGAAAAGCUCACGGUCAGCUCUCUUGUCGCAGUCCUGCAGACGCUCCAUGACUUCCACAUCACACUGGAGACCUCCCUUACCAAAGGCUUUGAACUUUAACUUGCUGAGGUUAAAUUCAGCUCCAUGUUCAUCUCUGCUCCUCUUCUGCCACCUUCUGCGCCAAAGCGGCCCCAAAAAUGACUGCGUGUAGUGUCUGGGGGAAGGACUGAGGUCUUAUUGACACUUUCUUAUCUGACCAUCUCCCACGUCCCGAAAGAAACUCUGAACUUCAUAAAAGUGUUUUGUAGCAGUAUUGGGAGUUUCAUGAAAGCAGUGUUGAGAAGAAUUCCUGAAUUUGUGUGGAUUUUGCGUUCAUGUCUGUGGUCUUUCUCACGAUCCCCUGGUCUGCGAGCGUGUGCGAAGACGUAGAGUCGCGCUGUCUAGUGCUUCUGCUUCAUCUCGUGCCAUCUUUAGACCACGCUGCGGGAAGCGUGUUUUUGUCAAAAAGCAUUUGUGAGCAGUUUAACUGCUGAAGUAACGAUUACUGACAGAUUAGGUCCUAAAUGUUCAAUAAUGGUUUUAUUAGAAUUCAAAAGGCAAGCGUACUUCAUAAACUCAGAUGUCAAGUGUAAAAUGACUUGAAUUUUAAUCUGUAAAUUGAAUUUAAACUGAUAAACAAAUGGCUGGGUGUUAAUAUUUAGGGAAGAUUGUCACAACAGCGCAAUGAAUAGUCAAAUCCUGAGUGUCAGUUUGAAACAUUCUCAAAUGAAGUUUCAGGAUAUAUGGACAAGUAUUGUGUGUGUGCGUGCGCGUACGUGCGUGCGUGUGUGUGUGAAGAUAUGUUUAUUUUGCCAAUGAGUAUUAACUUCAUAAAUAUUUUUAUUUAGAAAAACACUGGAAGUCAACACAGAGCAAUAAGACGCCUAAUUUUAACCCUGUUUGUCGCCAUCCUUAUUGUUGAAUCGAGUACACUUAAAGAGAAAUAAGCAUUGAAAUAUGAAAAAUAUAAGUCCUACUACAUACCCCUAAUUGAAGGUCUGUGAAAUGUAUUGUAUUACGUUGUACAUCUCUGUGUAAUUAUUGCAUGUCUCUUUAAAACCAUCUGUGGUAUAAAUAACCCUGUUUAUGUUCUUUUGAUGCACCUGUUAAAACCUAGAGAAAUUAGACGUAAGACUUUAAGUUGUUACAGGUUAUGUAGCGGUUUUCAUUGUUCUGUAAUGUUACUUGAGUUUUGCUUUUAACAUGACUCUUAGCAUUUGAUCCUAAGAGCUGUAUGUGCGUGCCACUAGCACGUAUUCAACCUGUGUAUUUUAUUUCUUUUAUAAUGUAUUUAUUUCUUGACACAUACUUGCGUUACACUGGUUGAUUGAUGGAUUAUUAACAUCAUUUUGGGUUGAGUUAUGCAGUAAUCUGACACUGGAACAUUGAUUUAUUUUAGUAAAAUGACAGUCUGUUGUGUCCACAAAAAUGGGUUCAUAGGGAAUCCUCUAAAUGGAGAAAUCGGGAAGCCACGUUUUGUUUCUGGUGCUGAUGCAUGCUAUGUUUUAGAUCUUAAAGAAGCAUUCUUCUCGUUCUUUACGUCCUGUUCAAGAAUCAUUCCAUUCUGUUGAACCUUUUUUCUGUAUGAGAGCUUUUUCCUCUCAUCAAUCAUAUUGUCAAAGCUCCCUGUGUGUAAAGUGGGUUUCUCCAUCAGUUCUGUUGUUUAUAUUUAUGAAGCAACUAAAAUUAAAAUUGCUCAGUACAUCUA